GGCCCGGCCCGCAGCGAGCAUGGGCACGGCGGCCGUGCGCUGGCACUUGUGUGUGCUGCUCGCCCUGGGCGCGCGCGGGCGGCUGGCGGGGGGCAGCGGGCUCCCAGGGGCAGUCGACGUGGACGAGUGCUCGGAGGGCACAGAUGACUGCCACAUUGAUGCCAUCUGCCAGAACACGCCCAAGUCCUACAAAUGCCUCUGCAAGCCAGGCUACAAGGGGGAAGGCAGGCAGUGUGAAGACAUCGACGAGUGUGAGAAUGACUACUACAACGGGGGCUGUGUCCAUGAGUGCAUCAAUAUCCCGGGGAACUACAGGUGCACCUGCUUUGAUGGCUUCAUGCUGGCACACGAUGGACACAACUGCCUGGAUGUGGACGAGUGUCAGGACAACAAUGGUGGCUGCCAGCAGAUCUGUGUCAAUGCCAUGGGCAGCUACGAGUGUCAGUGCCACAGCGGCUUUUUCCUCAGCGACAACCAACACACCUGCAUCCACCGCUCCAACGAGGGUAUGAACUGCAUGAACAAAGACCAUGGCUGUGCCCACAUCUGCCGGGAGACACCCAAAGGUGGGGUGGCCUGUGACUGCAGGCCCGGCUUUGACCUUGCCCAAAACCAGAAGGACUGCACACUAACCUGUAACUAUGGAAACGGAGGCUGCCAGCACAGCUGUGAGGACACGGACACAGGCCCCAUGUGCGGCUGCCACCAGAAGUACGCCCUCCACUCAGACGGUCGGACUUGCAUCGAAAAGGAUGAGGCUGCAAUUGAGCGCUCUCAGUUCAAUGCCACGUCAGUAGCUGAUGUGGACAAGCGGGUGAAACGGCGGCUACUCAUGGAAACGUGUGCAGUAAAUAACGGAGGCUGUGACCGGACAUGCAAGGACACAGCCACUGGCGUGCGCUGCAGCUGCCCGGUUGGAUUCACGCUGCAGCCGGAUGGGAAGACGUGCAAAGACAUCAACGAGUGCCUGGUCAACAACGGGGGCUGCGACCACUUCUGCCGCAACACCGUGGGCAGCUUCGAGUGCGGCUGCCGGAAGGGCUACAAGCUGCUGACGGAUGAGCGGACGUGCCAAGACAUCGACGAGUGCUCCUUCGAGCGGACCUGCGACCACGUCUGCAUCAACUCCCCGGGCAGCUUCCAGUGCCUGUGCCACCGCGGCUACACGCUCUAUGGGACGACCCACUGCGGAGAUGUGGACGAGUGCAGCAUGAACAACGGGAGCUGUGACCAGGGCUGUGUCAACACCAAGGGCAGCUACACGUGUGUCUGCCCCCCCGGGAGGCGCCUCCACUGGAACCAGAAGGACUGUGUGGAGACGGGCAAGUGCCUUUCUCGGGCCAAGGCCUCACCCCAGGCCCAGCUGUCCUGCAGCAAGGUGGGCAGUGUGGAGAGCUGCUCCCUGUCCUGCCUGGCCCACACCCUCUUCACGCCAGACUCGGACAACAGCUACAGCCUGAGCUGCGGGGUCCCGGGCCUCCAGGGCAAGACGCUGCAGAAACGCAACAGCACCAGCUCCAGCGGCGGGCCCAGCUGCUCAGGUGCCCCUGCCACCCUCAUCAGGCAGAAGGCCCGCUUCAAGAUCCGAGACGCCAAGUGCCACCUCCGGCCCCGAAGCCGAGAGCCAGCAAGGGAGGCCCUGAGGCAGCAGCUGCUGGAAAACUGCCACGUGACCUUUGUGACCCUCAAGUGUGACUCCUCCAAGAAGAGGCGCCGUGGCCGAAAGUCCCCAUCCAAGGAGGUGACCCACAUCACAGCAGAGUUUGAGGUUGAGACAAAGAUGGAAGAGGUCUCAGACACCUGCGAAGCGGACUGUGUGCGGAAGCGAGUGGAGCAGAGCUUGCAGGCUGCCAUCAAGACCCUGCGGAAGUCCCUCAGCCGGCAGCACUUCUCCAUCCAGGUCGCCGGCACCGAGUACGAGGUGGCCCAGCGGCCAGCCAAGGUCCCAGAGGGCCAGGGGACGUGUGGCACAGGCCAGGUGCUGCAGGACGGCAAAUGUGUGGCCUGCAGUCCUGGCACCUUCUUCAGCGGAGAGCCCGGCCAGUGUGUGCCCUGCACACCGGGGACCUACCAGGAUGGGGAUGGCCAGCUCAGCUGCACGCCGUGCCCCAGCAAUGACGGGCUAGGCCUGGCGGGUGCCCGCAACGUAUCCGAGUGUGGAGGCCAAUGCUCUCCAGGCUCCUUCUCCACCGACGGCUUCAGGCCCUGCCAGGCCUGCCCUGUGGGCACGUACCAGCCUGAGCCCGGGCGCACGGGCUGCUUCCCCUGCGGAGGGGGGCUGCUCACCAAGCACGAGGGCACAGCCUCCUUCCAAGACUGUGAGGCCAAAGUGCACUGCUCCCCCGGCCACUACUACACCACCACCACCCACCGGUGCAUCCGGUGCCCUGUCGGCACCUACCAGCCCGAGUUUGGCCAGAACCACUGCAUCACCUGUCCAGGCAGCGCCAGCACCGACUUCGAUGGCUCCACCAGCGUCACACACUGCAAAAACCAGCACUGUGGUGGCGAGCUUGGCGACUACACAGGCUACAUUGAGUCCCCCAACUACCCUGGCGACUACCCGGCCAACGCCGAGUGUGUGUGGCACAUCUCGCCGCCCCCCAAGCGCAGGAUUCUCAUCGUGGUCCCCGAGAUCUUCCUGCCCAUCGAGGAUGAGUGCGGUGACGUCCUGGUCAUGAGGAAGAGCGCCUCACCCACAUCCAUCACCACCUAUGAGACCUGCCAGACUUACGAGAGGCCCAUUGCCUUCACUUCCCGCUCCCGGAAGCUCUGGAUCCAGUUCAAAUCCAACGAAGGCAACAGCGGCAAAGGGUUCCAAGUACCCUAUGUCACCUAUGACGAGGACUACCAGCAAUUAAUAGAAGAUAUCGUUCGCGAUGGACGGCUCUACGCCUCAGAGAAUCACCAGGAAAUUCUGAAAGACAAGAAGCUGAUCAAGGCCCUCUUCGACGUGCUGGCACAUCCCCAGAACUACUUCAAGUACACAGCCCAGGAGUCCAAGGAGAUGUUCCCACGGUCCUUCAUCAAACUGCUGCGCUCCAAGGUGUCCCGGUUCCUGCGGCCCUACAAAUAACGCUGGUGUAGCUGCCCUGCUUGGGGAUGGCCGGCUAUCCCGGGGGAGGGGAGAGUUCCUUCCCUCCACAGCAGAAGCUGAAGGCGGCUCCAUGGGCCUCCACGUUGCCCCGGGAAAUCACCGUGGUGGUGCCCUUCAGGAAUCCCUGACCAGCCCGUGGAGGGCGAGACCACGUCUGGGCAGAGACCCCACCCGGCUGCACUCCUCCGAUCCGGCUCCAGUGGGAAAACAUUGCUUAAGGCAGCCUUUCUUCCUCCCCACCUCCCUCCACCUGUUUGGUCCAGGACACCAAGAGUGCCCUCUCCUGAACCGGCACCAGCGGGCCCCCUGGGCCAGGAUGCUCUGCCCCGACGUGGACGGGGCCAGGGCAAAGCUCACCUUUGGAGGUGGCCCGAGCCCUCCGCCUGGCGCUUCAGGAGAGAGAGGAGCGUGGCUGUGGUGUCUCAGGGAGGCCAGGCCGUGGAAGAAGGGGUGUGUGAAGGCUCAACCAGGGGCUUUGAUAAACGGUGUCAGUGCCUGCAGGGCGUCCACACCUGCUGGCUUCUCUGGCCAUGGGCCCAGGACACGGGCCAGUGUGGCUGGGCUCUCAGGACCCUGUGAUGGGACAGAGAAGAUGUGCUAGGAGACUGUAGGUUUGUGCUUCCCCACAACAGAGCAUCUAUUAAGUACUGUGUACAUAUAAAUAUAAAUAUAAAUAUUAUAUAUACUCCUA